CUGUGGGUGAGCUCAUCUCUCAUUGUUCAGAAUAUAAAAGCGAUCGUGUUGCAAACGAAACGAUCAGUACAACGUGCUAUUUCGAUUGAAGCUUAUUUUUUUUCAAGUGUUGUUAGAUAAACGUAGAAAAAUGGUUAAAAUUAUUUUCGCGAUUUUCAUUCUGUGUGCUUUGAUUAUGUCCACAUUUGCCAUUCCUAAGCCAGGCAACGGUGGUGGCUAUGGAUACGGAAACCAGGGACAUCAUGGCGGUGGAGGCAACUACGGCUCCGGAUACAACCAUGGGCACAAUGGUGGACACUAUGGUUCGGGAUAUAAUCAUGGAAACGGCGGACACUAUGGAUCGGGAUAUAAUUAUGGACACGGAGGAAAUCACCAUGGAGGAUACAACGACUAUCAUCAUGGUGGCUACAACAAUCAUCACGGUUAUAAUAACGGGUACAACCAUGGAUAUGGUGGUCACCACCACUAAAUGAAAUGCCUCUAGUGGCCUCAAGUAAUCGUCUUAUGCAAUAACACAUAAUAAUACUCUUUCCAUUCGACGAAAGCAAUUUCAAAUACAAUUUUACUGAUGUUUGUGUUCAUAUGUUUUACGAUUUCAAGUGGGAGCGAAAAAUAAAUCAGUAAAAUAAUGAAUGGUCAGUCAGACGAGAAAGUCAAUAAAAUAAGCGUUUUUCAUUGAAUGCAUGGAGAAGAGUUUUAUUUUCAGUUUAUAUGUAUGUGUGGUUGAGAGUAAAAGUGAUUUUAGCCAAAACUGUCUAUUUGAGUGUGUAUUUUUUCGUAAAAGAUGGAUGACACGUUUCUUCUUCAUUAUUUUGGAGCAUCUUUAGCUUUUUUGCUCAUCUCACAAAUGAUUCACAUUCAAACCGUUUCGGCUGAGCUCACUUCUAUUCUCAGCCACACAUUAACAUAUUGAGUGAAUUGAAAGGCUGUUCAUGAAACUAAUUGUAAUUCAUUGGAAGCUGUCAAAAUCAAUCAAACCAUACUGGGUUAUUAAGUCGGUAGUCGUGUUGCUCCAUGCGAUCGCUUGAAUAGUGCAAAACCAAGAGAUUUGCGGUUAGUUAACGUUAUUCAAUCAGUCCGACGUUUCCAUCCGAAAUGAGCGCUUGUAAAUAUUUGUUUGUUUGGUGUUUGUUGGUGUUGUCAUUAUUAUCGCUGCAAGUCAAUGGAGAUGUGAGACGCAUCGAUUGGGUUGGUGAACCGAAUCAUCGGCAACCGCAGGAUCCAACGCCAAAUUCGCCACCGGUACAACUACAAGCGAUAGUCGAUGCCAUCUACCCAAAUGUGAUUGACGAUGAGAACGAUUCCCAAAAGCCCCAAAAACCCGAACCAAUUCUUGGAAAAGGAACUUAUCUCGAAUUUGUGGAUCCACAGAAAAUAAUUUAAAACCAUAAUUCAGACAAUUGUUUAGUACUUAACAGAACUACACAGUUCGAUUGUACGGUUUUAAGGGAAAUAAAUGUGGCUUUUGUUUCAUAUAUGAA